AGAAGAGAGAGAGAGAGAGAGAGAGAGAGAGGGAGGAUGCUGCCAGCGGAAAAUGGCUGCUGCAACCUCAAGCCUAUCCUGAUACACCGAAACGACAUCAAGGUGGAGAGAGAGAGAGGGGGAAGAGAGAGGAAGAUUAGGAAAAUGAGAGCAGAUAGAGAGAGAAUGUGAGUGAGUCUGAGUGUUUCCUGAAAGGAGGAUAAAAAGAGAGAGUGAGAGAGAGGAGACCCUGGGGUGGGCUGCUGCAAGCGGCGGGCAACACCGAGCCAUGGAGGGCGAUGUGCGUGUUCGUGCGGUGGUGAUGACACGUGAUGACUCCAGCGGUGGCUGGGUGCCCCUCGCAGGUGGCGGCCUCAGCCAUGUAGUCAUAUGUAAGGGGAGGAGUCACGACGGCAGGGGCCGGAGAGAAUACAUCAUACGUGGAGAACGACUGCGAGACCGAGCACCGGUGUUGGAGUGUGCGGUGCAAAGGGGGUUAGUGUACAACAAGGUGAACCCCAUCUUCCAUCACUGGCGAGUAGAGGAGCGGAAAUUUGGCCUUACAUUCCAGAGUCCAGCCGAUGCCAUCUCCUUUGAGAAAGGGCUUCAGGCUGUCAUAGACAAGCUCGACAGAGGCUCUGACUCGCCCUCGUCCUCCACGCCAGAAGAGGCCGACACUGAGGACGACGGACAAGCUUCCCAUACAGGAAGCGAAUCGUCCUCCAACAGCAGGAAGGAGAUGCUUCCCAAACCCAUCACCAUAGUGACAAGCGAGUCGUCGUCCACCUGUUUCGUGCGGCCGGAGGAGUUUAGUUUUGGAUCCAGCCAUGCUGUCACCACUCAAACACCUGCUCAGAUCCACACCAGGUCGGGACAGCACCAGCUCUCGCAAAUGACGGCCGUGUUGAAUCCCCCGGCUCCCCCGCCCCCGCCUCCCGCUCCACCUACUCCUCCCGUGGUUCCCCCGGCCUCGUCCCCUUUGUCCCCCCUCUCGCCCACUAUUUCGCUGCUGGAGGAGGGAGACCUGCACAGCGUGGACCCGUGCAAAGACCUGUGGGGCUCGCGGGGUUACGAGGACUACAGGAGGGCGGGGGCCACGAGGACUAUGGUUGGCGGGCUGACAGGGGGCGUGGUCGUGGGUGGCGGGGGCGGGAGCCUCCAGGACAAGUCGGAGCUGUGCGUCGUCCGCUUCGAGAAGGAGCUGGCGGGAGUGGGGACGGCGGGGUGCGACGUGACCGUGAGCCUGGACAGCAAAGCCUCCCAGCGCCUGUCCUCGUCGUCCCCCACCUGCAUGUCCAUGCCCAACGCUGUGUCAGGUGUGUCCUCAGGUGCUGGCUCACCCCAGGAGACGGGCAAAGGCUCGCCCUCCCCCUGCUGCAUCCACACCUCACUGGCCACGCCCCGCUCGCGGACUCGUAAGAGAGGAGGAGGGGCCAGCAGCGGUGGCGGCGGCGGCGGCGGCGGUGGCGGUGCCGCCGCUGCCACCACCGGCGCCGACCCGGGGGUCAUCUCCCCCGACGACGACAGCCCGUGUCCCCAGGCGUCGUCGUGCUCGUCCCGCUGCGUGUACUGCCGCUCCGUUUUCAGCGCCUCGGAGAACGGGCGGGGCCGCUGCAGAGACGCCCCGGACCCGGCCCUGCACUGCCUGCGCCAGUGGACCUGUGUGUGGUGCGCGGAGAGCCUCCUCUACCACUGCAUGUCGGACUCCGAGGGAGAGUUCUGGGAGCCUUGUUCGUGCGAUGACUCGAUGGGGGGCCACCCGCACCCCCUCUGCUGCGCCCGCUGGUUGGCCCUCCUGGCCCUGUCGCUCUUCGUGCCCUGCAUGUGCUGCUACCUGCCUUUGCGCGCCUGCCUGCGAUGCGGGGAGAGGUGCGGCUGCUGUGGGGGAAAGCACAAGGCGGUCCGAUGAGGCCAGGCGAGGGCGUGGGAGGGGGUUUCCCUGGACCGAUUGGGGAGGGGGGGGGGGUUUUGGUAUCGAGAGAAGAGAGAGCAUCCGGGCCCUUACUAGGUGGAACUGUGCUCUCGGUAGACCCCGGACCCCCGACAUGGCCCUCCAAAGCCCCACAGCCUUCCACUGCAUUCAGCUCUUUUCUCUUUUCAACUUGGGGCCUUCCUCACUGGUCCAUGCCUGCUGAAGGUGCACUGCACUCAGACCAGGCUCUGCGGGAGUCAUCUGGAGCCUUCACCGUGGAUUUACUGAGGAAAACGGCUGAUCUAGAGUUAGCUCUAAGUGACUUUAUCGCAGGAAGAGGGUGGCAGAGGCAACAAUGAUGUGUACACUGUUUCAAAUGUCCGUUCUUUUUUUGUUUUGUUUUGUUUUGUUUUGUUUUGUUUGUUUUGUUUAGUUUUUUUUUAUUUCGAAAGAAAAACUCAAAAAACAAAAGAUGUUUAUAUAUAUGAUUGUUAUAAUUUGAAUUGGUAUAUUUUAUUAAAUGUAACAUAUUGACAGGAUCCCCAAAUGGCACACACAUUCACGUACUCACAAACAUGAGAUCUUGGGGAAGUUAUUCGUUUCAUGUUGGCCUGUUUAUCAGUCAGAUGAACAGAUGUCACCCUUUACCUCUAAUUUUUUACCUCAGAUGUUACACGAACCUUGGUUAAGGAAGGAAGGAAGGAAGGAAGGGAGAAGGGAGGUUUGGAGGGAGCGAGCACGAGUACGUGCAGUCCUCAAAAAAAAAAAAAAAAAAAAGUACGAGCAUCUGAGAUCACUGGUGUUGUCUUUCGGUUAAAGCAGUAAACCACAAUGGAAGAAAGGUUAUCAAAUGCAAAGAGACAAUUAUAGUUAAGGGAAGUUGCAAUGACAAACCACAAAGACUUAAAAGUCAUAAUGUGAGUCAUAAUGGUCCUUUGUAACCAAACACAAGGUUACUUUUGUUUUCUGGGAAAAAAAAAAAGAAAAAAAAAAGAGAAUGUGUGUCUAACAUUAAACACCCUCACUUUGCACAUAUUUUUCCAUCUUCCCAUGUAUUUUUAAUAUUAAUCAUAGAACACAUCACAUCGCCACCACUGUACUUGUUGAAUCAGCAAGGUGCUUACAACCGAGGCCUCUGAGUGAGUUUAUUCUACCUAACGUACCACAACGACUGUACCGUCCCCCAAAGAAAAACAAGACAGGACCCCCCGCUAACCAAUCUGUUGAUGAUGUGUUUAGGCCUUUAAAAAUGAGACGUCACCAAAAAAAGAAAAAAGAAAACAAAAAAAAAAAAAAAUGAAGUGCAAUGAACAAUGUGUUGAAAGAGUAUUUUUGUACCAGUUGCUGAUGUUAGGAAGAGAAAAAACAAACCGGAAAUGGGAUCGUUUUUUUUUUUUUUUUUUUUUUGGAACCGAAUACAGCAGCGGUGUGUGUUGUUGUGUUCGAUGUCAGGCGUAAAAGACAAACGAGAACACAAACCUGUCUUUGAGCGGCGGCACGUAGCUCACAGGUGUGACAUUUAAACGCGUGUGCCGUAGACUGUCGACCCUGUGAUAAGAAAAAGAGACGAAUCGAGCAGGAAAAAGAGGAAUGAGGGAAGGUCCUUGUCGGACAACGGUGGCAGAUGUUUUUUCGCUGAAUGUUGCUUUAAGUAUGAAGUUUAAAAGCUGCUAUGUUAAGUCCGACCCGAACACUAUUCUUUUCAAACUUUGCCCGCUGGCUCUUGGAAAUCUGACGUUUUUUUUGGGGGGGCGAGAGUCAGAAAACUAGUGGAUCACUGCGCGUACAGCGUAGUAGUCUGGAGAUAUGUUCAACCCCCAAAACAUUUGAAAAAUGCUUCUGGUGAUGUCCCUUGCAUUUCUGUGUUUAUUUCGCCAACUGGUGGUUAAAGCGAAUAACUGGGUAUAUUGAAAGCUAGUUGAAUUAUAGCUAAAAAAUCUCCAACUAUCAACAUAAAUAUCAAUUUUGUGCAAUUUCCAUUAAAUCAAAGAGUAUGUGUAUUUUCGAUAGCCUUCUGUGGCUAUUUUCUAUCAUGAAGCAAGGUGGAAAUUCAUAAAUAUCAGAGAAUAACUCAUGAAAUGCACUGAGCAUCACAGAUGCCUUAAAACUGUAAGAGACUCCGUGAGGGGAAUCUCUUUAAAACUUUAAAUUAUGACACGUAUAUAUAUAUAGUCUCUGUUUAAGGAAACCAGCAUUGACUGAUUAUACUGUAGUUUCAAAUGAAGGUGGUGGAUUAUUAAAAAAACGGCAGAAUGAACCUUUCAGAAGCUUCACCGUAUUAUUCACAUUUUAGGUUUAGCCAAGAAACUUUUAUCCAAAGUGACUUAGAGAGCGAGUGAAAAAGGCAGCAGGGUGCAGAGUCGGGCAGGACGCGCGACCCCCCUGACCUCUCAGCUAUGGGACGUUGUCUUCGCUGCUUGGCCAGCCUGCCAACAACGUCGGCCCACUUAAAAAAAUAAAAUAAAAUAAAAUAAAAAAAGACAUCCUGUCCAUGUCACAGCGGCAGGAAACUAUUCCCUGAUCCUAAAUUAACCCAACACACACACACACACACGAUCCCCACAAAUCUGCAAUGCAUAAACCUGCGCACACACAAAUGCAAGACACACACACACGUUCACUUGAUGGUGCAUAUACAGAACUAGUAAAGCCAUUGCACACAGUUUGCUACUUCUGGUUCAGAAAUGGUGUUAGAGUUACAGUACUGACUGUCAUGCGAUCACAAUUGCAGGCCCCCAUUCUUACAUCUUAAUAAAUGUGCCUUUUGAUUUGAGUAAUCAAUAACUUAUGAUUUCUAAGUAACUCUGUAUUAAGUACUAUUUACUUUUUUUGGUUAUUGAUUUCUGCCGAUGUGCAUAUUUUCAAAUGUACGUAUUUAUUAGUUUCAAAGUAAUUAAUGAGAUAUUACCUGUUUAUUUAUUUAUUGAGAUAUUUAUUCUGAUUCUUUAUUUUUUUGAGACAGGUUUUUAUCUUCUGUGCUGUCUUACUUCUGACUUUGUGCCAAUGUGCUGCUUUGAGGUGUUACAUAUCGUGGGUUUGUAUCAUUAUUAAACCCUCACUCUAUAUUUUAAA